AUGGAACAACAACAAACGUUACGACAUGAUACCGCCGUCCCCGAAGACGAUGACGCGCCGACGCUGAGCUCGCACGCCCUCGAAGCUCUCAAAGAGUUCCUCGCAGAGCAGAACCGUUCCGGUGCGGUGCGAGAAGAAGAAGAAGGAACCGGGGAGCCCGCGGUGGAGCUAGUGUCAGAAGAUUGGCGGCUUAGCCAGUUCUGGUACGACCAAACCACCGCAGAGACUGUUGCCAGAGAAGUCAUUACCCUGUGCCGUGACGACUCGGCCGCCGGCGGUACCGUUGAUUCUCGUCGGGUAGCUUGCAUCGCUUGCCCCACUCUUUACGCCUAUAUAAAGAAAAUUGAUCCGAGUUUGAGUGUUCAAUUGCUGGAAUACGACGAGCGGUUUGGGAGGUAUGGAAGUGAUUUCACGUUUUACGAUUAUAACCAACCGGAAGAGUUGCCGGCGGAGCUUAAGCAUGGUUUCCAGGUUGUAGUUGCUGAUCCUCCUUACUUGAGUAAGGAGUGUUUAGAGAAGGUUGCUGAGACGGUUUCUUUUCUUGCAAGACCCGGUCCCAGCAACUCGAACUUGCUUCUGCUUACAGGGGAAGUGCAGAAGGAAAGAGCUGCUGAGCUAUUGGGACUACACCCCUGUGGGUUUCGGCCUCAGCAUUCCAGCAAAUUGGGGAACGAGUUUAGAUUGUUCACCAACUAUAACCCAGGGGCGAGAUUAGGAUGGUGGGAAGUCGAGAGAUAG